AUGUCUGGAACUAAAGAAUACGCCCUCCUUUGCUUGGAGAACCCAUUGCUUGAUAUUCAAGCUCAAGGUAACCAAGCCCUUCUCGACAAGUACGGCCUCAAGCCCAACGAUGCCAUCCUCGCUGAAGAGAAACACGCCGGCAUCUACGAAGAUCUCCUCAACAACUACUCCGCCAAAUUGAUUGCCGGAGGUGGAGCCCAGAACACUGCUCGUGGAGCCCAAUACAUUCUCCCUCCCAACAGCGUUGUAUUCCUCGGUGGAGUCGGCGACGACAAAUAUGCCGCCAUCUUGCACGAUGCUGUCAAGACCGCCGGUCUCCGUGUCGAAUACCGUGUUGACAAAACCCAACCCACUGGACGCUGUGGUGUAGUGAUCACCGACCACAACCGAUCUAUGUGUACUGAUUUGGGCGCUGCCAACCACUACGAUUUGGAACAUUUGAAGUCGCCCGAGGUCUGGAAGUUGGUUGAAAAUGCUACACACUACUUUGUUGGUGGAUAUCAUUUGACCGUCUGCCCACCAGCUAUCCAAGCUCUUGCUGAAGAGGCUGCCAAGAACAACAAGACAUUUGUCUUUUCCCUCUCUGCACCAUUCAUUUCUCAAUUCUUCAAGGAGCCUCUUGAUGCUACUGCUCCUUACUGGGAUUAUGUCAUUGGUAAUGAGACUGAGGCUUUGGCCUGGGCUGAAAGCCAUGGUGUUGAGUCUAAGGAUAUCAAGGAGAUUGCUAAGGCAUUGGCUGCUUUGCCAAAAGCGAACACGAAGAGACAGAGAGUUGCCAUUAUUACACAAGGAACUCUUCCUACUAUUGUAGCUGUUAACGGACAAGAUGUUAAGGAAUAUCCAGUUCAUGCCAUCGACAAGAACUUGAUCAACGACACCACGGGUGCAGGAGAUGCUUUCGCUGCUGGCUUUACUGCUGGUUUGGUUGCUGGAGAAUCCCUCAAUCAGUGCGUUGAUCAAGGACAAUGGUUGGCUAAGUUGAGCAUACAGGAGUUGGGCCCUUCAUUCCCCUUCCCUAAGCAGACUUACAAGCCUACCAGCCAAUAG